AUGCAUUGGGUGUGGAUUUUGGGUCUGGUCCUGCUGGGCAGUGCUAGUGGUGCCGAGGUGUGCUACGAGAACCUUGGCUGCUUCUCAGAUGACAUUCCCUGGGCGGGCACCGUGGAGAGACCCAUCGCCCAGCUGCCCUGGAGCCCUGAGAAGAUUGGAGCCCGCUUCCUGCUGUACACCCGGCAGAACCCCAACAACCACCAGGAAAUCUCAACCAAUAAAGACAUCCUGCUGGCAUCAAACUACCAAGGCAACAGGAAGACACGUUACAUCAUCCAUGGAUACAUCGACAAAGGGGAUGAAAACUGGCUGAUAGAUAUGUGUAAGCUGAUGCUGCAGGUGGAGGAUAUAAACUGCAUCUGUGUGGACUGGAAGAAAGGAGGACGUACCCUCUACACCCAGAGCGCCAACAACAUCCGUGUGGUCGGGGCCCAGAUCGCCUACAUGAUCCAGCUCUUUAUGGAGAACUACAAACAGAGGCCCGACGCAUUCCACGUCAUCGGGCACAGUCUGGGGGCGCACUGCGCGGGAGAGGUGGGCCGCAGGAUCCCGAACCUGGGGCGCAUCACCGGUCUUGAUCCAGCCGAACCCUACUUCCAGGGGUGCCCUGCCCUGGUGCGUCUGGACCCCGGCGACGCCAAGUUUGUGGAUGUCAUUCACACAGACUCAUUACCCAUAAUUCCUUACGUAGGAAUGGGAAUGUCUCAGGCUGUCGGCCAUCUUGACUUCUACCCCAACGGUGGAGAGCACAUGCCCGGCUGUGACAAGAACAUCAUCUCCCAGAUAGUGGACAUCGACGGCAUCUGGGAAGGCACUCGCGACUUUGUGGCCUGCAACCAUCUGAGGUCUUACAAGUACUACAGCGACAGCAUCUUAAACCCCGAAGGCUUUACCGGCUACCCCUGCUCCGAUGGGGGCGUCUUUGAGUCCGGACGGUGCUUCCCAUGUGGGGAUGGGGCCUGUCCUUUCAUGGGUCACCACGCUGACAAAUUCCGCCGGCCCAGCGGGGCAGAGAAGAUGAAGUUCUACCUGAACACUGGCAAUGCAAAGCCUUUCGGACGGUAUCGCUACAAGGUGGUGGUUACCAUCACAGGUGACCGUGCUCUGGUCCUCACUGGUGCUAUGAGCGUUGCAAUUUAUGGGACAGAUGGCAACACCAGACAAUAUCAGGUUCAUAAGGGUAUCCUUCGUCCUGGCAACACGUACGAGGUCUAUGUCGACACGGAGAACGACGUGGGAGAGCUGACCAUGAUGAAGUUCAUCUGGAACAACAGCGUCAUCAACCCCAUGUUCCCCAAGCUGGGUGCGAAGAGGAUCGAGGUGCAGCGGGGAAAGGACAGGCGCGCUUUCUCCUUCUGUGGCUCCGAGACUGUGCGCGAAGAAGUCCUCCAGUCCGUGCCUCUGUGUACAGUUGUGUAA